UCUCUCACACCACCGUUUCUCUCUCUUUCUGUGCUCCUCGCUGGCCUCCUCACAAACACAUCGCUCUCGCUCUUGCUCCCAAUCCGCACCUUUCAAAUGCCAUACCUUUCAUCUUCUUCUUCUCAUUUGACCUUAACCGGCACUUCGCUACAGUCUCUAUAACGCAACCUCGCUCGCGGGGCUACUCCCGCGUUCUGACGUGAAGAGUUUCAUCGGAUGCGAAGGAUUGGUUGAUUCUAUUGGGGUUUAUUAGGGUUUUCUUGUUUGGCUGAUAAGAGCUUAAAGACGACGACGUUGGAUUUAGGGUUUUCUCCGCCGCCAUGGCUCCCGGGCGUAAGCGUGGAGCGAACAAAGCCAAGGCUAAGAGUCAGUUGAGCUUAGGUGAUCUCGUUCUUGCCAAGGUUAAAGGCUUCCCUGCCUGGCCUGCCAAGAUUAGCCGCCCUGAGGAUUGGGAACGAAUGCCUGAUCCUAGGAAAUACUUUGUCCAGUUUUUUGGAACUGAAGAAAUUGCUUUUGUUGCCCCUGCUGAUAUUCAGGUAUUUACGAGUGAAGCAAGGAAUAAAUUAUCUGCUAGGUGUCAAGGUAAGACUGUCAGAGAUUUUGCUCGUGCAGUGAAGGAGAUCUGUGAGGCUUUUGAAGAAUUACAGCAGAAGAACUUAGGUGCUUGUAAAGAUGAUACUGAUAAGACAGUCCUUGGCUCCUCACUUCCAAUGGAUGGUGUAGGUGCUGAAGUCAAUGGUCAGAGUCAGACUAAGACACUUGAACAGAAGGAAAGUACAAGUAACGAGGCCUCUGGUGAUGCAGGGUAUGGACUGGAACAUUGUUCAAGUAGACAGUGUGAGACUGACGAGUUGGAUAUUAAGCCUCGUGUCUCAUGUAAUACAGAGCAGAAAUCAUCUCCAGUUUUAUCCGUUAAGAAGAGGAAUAAGUUAUCCAAUAAUGGCACACAUUUGCCUAAGAAAGAGGUAACUUCUGUAUCCAAGCAGGAUGGUCCUUCUCCACUUAAAGAAAUCCCCGGUGACAAGGAUAGAGAUAGCGAUGAUAUUCACCCUGAUGCUGAAGGAAGUUCUCCUUGUGGUCCUGUUGAUGGUGAAAGUGAUGGUUCCCCACCUUUAGCUUUGUCUGUUUCUCGGAAACACUCUGGUGGAGGACAGAAUGCAAAAAAGAUGGUUAUAAUAUCAAAGAGGAAGCGGGAGGCUGCAGUUGAAGUAGGAAAAAAGACAACUUCAAGGCUAUCAAAGCAUGAUGACUUUAAUUCAGAAGGCACUGUUGGUCUUCAUGACACUGGAGCACAUAUACAAGGUGGAGGACAAAAUGAAAUUGCUCCAUGCGAUAACAUUAAGGAUUUGCAUGAAGAUGAGUUGAGAUCAGAUUUAGAUGUCAACAAUGAAAAUAAGGUAAAAAAUACGGUAAAAGCUAAAAAGCAAAUGAGAGCAGAUCCACUUGAACCAUGCAAUUUUGGCAAGGAUGCUAUAGACAAUACCAAGGAGCAGGGCAAGGAUGAGCAAUUAUUUUCUGGAGAUCAUAGGAAGAAGAGAACCCAACUUGGACAUAAAAUUAAUAAGUUGGCAACAAAUGAAGAUUCACAUCCUGCCAAAAGACCAAAGCGAUUAGGCGUUGGUGAGGAUUCCACCAAGAAAUCUGUCACUAAAAACAUAAGGAAUGAUCCUCCGAGUCCGGGUGGUGUUGACAAUAAAAGUAAUAAACCUAUGGAGAAUAAAAAGUUAUCUUCUCGUGUUAAGGCUGAAAGCUGCGUGGCAUCUAGAACUGAAACAGUUAGUGUUGGAAUCAACUUACCAAGUAAUGAAGCUGUUUUGCCACUGACGAAGCGCCGUCUUCGGGCGUUGGAGGCAAUGUCUGAUUGUGCCACAGAGGCUGCUGGGGGUAAAAUACAAAAGAGUUGUGACAUCCAUAAGAAUAAUGUUUCAAGCUCAGAUUGUGAUGGGUCUCCUUGUACCCAAUUACAGUCAAAACGGAGAGCCGUUUGUCGGUUUGAUGUUCAUAAUGACCAAGAAGAGCGCAAAACUCCUGUUCAUGGGGAACCAACCGGUUUGUCGAAGGAUGUGCCUUCACAGUUGUCAGGUUCGUCUCGGAACACACAUCAUGAAAAUCUCAAUCAUGCUCAGCCGAAUGUUAGAGAUGGCAUGGAUGAACAUUUGGAUUCUGCUGGACCAGGUGAGAGCCCUUCAAAGGAUGGAAUAUCCUCUGUCAGACUUCCUCAUAACCCUCUAUCACCCAAAUUAAAGCAAAAUGAAGAGAAAAGACCGAGAAAACCAAUGGCAGCUCAGGCUUCUCAUAGCCCUGGUAAAUUGGAAUCACAGAAAUCAUCUGCCAAGGAGGGUAAGCCAACCUUGCUCUCUUCUAAGGAUGGGUUGGUUACUGCUGGGAAGCAAGUGGAGCAGAAAACCAAGCUCCAGACUAAAGCAUCCAGCACCACUUCUAGAAAGCCUCAGGUUGGGUCUGCGAAAGGUGCAGGUCUGGGUUCUGAUGGCGUAAGCCAUUCUUCUAAUCAAGGAACAAUCCAGAAAAGCAGGCCAGCCUUAACUGCAGAAAAGGCAAAGAUGAAUUUAAAGACUAAUUCACAGAUGAAUGAUUUUGCUAUUCUGGAGUGCUCUAACCUGAAUGAUUCUCAGCUUGGGGAACGGUCCAAUGUCAUUGGUGAUGAUAGUGCUGCGACUUCAUUGACAGAUUCCAAGUUUGCAGAUUCUGCCAUGUCUAUGAGACAUCUUAUUGCUGUUGCGCAAGCGAAAAGAAAACUUGCGUAUUCACAAUCUCUUUCUCAUGAUAAUUCUAUCUCAACAUUUAUUUCCACCACUACAGGGGUUCAGGAAAGAAGCCCGAGUCCUGCUUCUGCACUUCAGCACUUACUGUCUGGAACUAGCCAUGCUAUGCAGCAGGAUGCAAAGGGAUUUUAUGCUCGCUCAUCCCUGGCAUCUCCAUCUCCUCAUGCUCGUCAAGUUGCAUUGCAAAAUCAACUAGAGCAUGAAGAUCCUGAAGAGGGAAGGGUUAGUUCAGGACAGAGGGCACCUGGAGGGUCACUAAGUGGUGGUACAGAGGCUGUUGUUGCACGAGAUGCUUUUGAAGGAAUGAUAGAGACAUUGUCAAGGACAAAGGAAAGUAUUGGACGUGCAACCCGUCUAGCAAUUGAUUGUGCAAAGUAUGGAAUCGCCAAUGAGGUUGUGGAACUUCUUAUCCAAAAGUUGGAGAGUGAGCCAAGUUGCCAUCGCAAAGUGGACCUGUUCUUUCUCGUGGACUCUAUCACACAAUGUUCUCAUAGUCAAAAAGGAAUUGCGGGAGCAUCAUACAUUCCCACAGUACAAGCAGCACUGCCUCGUCUUUUAGGUGCUGCUGCUCCACCUGGAUCUGCCGCUCGUGAAAAUCGUCGUCAAUGUCUUAAGGUUCUGCGGUUAUGGCUUGAACGGAAAAUUUUACCUGAAUCACUUCUUCGGCGUUACAUGGAUGAUAUCGGAGUUUCAAAUGAUGAUAUGACUGCUGGAUUUUUUCUUAGACGUCCAUCUCGAUCUGAGCGUGCUAUUGAUGAUCCAAUUAGAGAAAUGGAAGGAAUGCUUGUUGAUGAGUAUGGGAGCAAUGCAACAUUUCAGUUGCCUGCCUUUUUACCUUCUAAUGUAUUCGAGGAUGAAGAUGAUAUUCCUAACAACUUAUGCAAGGAUGCUGGUGACAAAUCACCAGUAGAAGCCACUCAUGCUGUAGAAGAUCCGGAAACAUGUGCAGUUACUCCUAGUGACAGGCGUCACCACAUUUUAGAGGACGUGGAUGGUGAGCUUGAAAUGGAAGAUGUUACUGGAUCUCCCAGGGAUGGGAGACUCAUGAAUGGGAAUGAUUCCUUUGAAUUGGGUUCACAGCGACACAGUUCGGAUAAGAUUUCAGAAUCGGUUUCUCAUAAUAUCCCUGAGUUACCCCCUUUGCCUCCGGGUUCUCCACCAUUGCCUUUAGAAUCUCCACCUCCGCCUCCACCCUUACCUCCUUCACCUCCUCCUCCUCCUCCUCCUCCCCCACCUUUAUCUCCAUCACCGCCUCCACCACCACCACCUCCACUGCCAUCGCAACCACCACCUCCAUCACAGCCACCUCCACCAUCACAACUACCGCCACUGUCUCUGCUGCCUUCAGGUCCUCCACUAUCAUUACCACCACCACCACCACCACCACCACCACCACCACCACCACCACUGCCACCGCUACCUUUAUUGCCUUCCCAACCACCAAUGCUACCCCAACAAUCCAUGCCACCACAGUCAGUGCCCCCUCAACAACCACCCCAGCCAUCACUUCCAUCGUCUUCAACACAGUUGAUAUAUCAGCAACCUGUACCUCAAGAUUAUUGCAGGACCCAAAGUGGAAGCCAACUUCUACAAAUUGCAGGAAGUGCUCCUCAUCCUAGCCAUGGUAAUGCUGGAAUACGGAAUGAAAUGUUUCCACAGCAGUUACCUUGUAUCGUGCCGACAGGAGUUUGCAAUACGCGUGAACCAUCUGGAUUUAAUUCCUCCAGACCAUUUGAAUUUGGACAUAAUGACAUGCAUUUAAACCCCCAAGCUCAGCCCACCCAGCAGUUUCAACCAGCUAAUGGACCUUUUGCCCAGAGGCCUUACCAUCCUGCUCCCCCUGCAGCUCCCCCUGCACAAACCUCAUCCAACCAUCUACAUUAUACAAAGCCUGUUCAUCAACGUAUACAGCAAGCAUACUCCCAUCCUUACUCCACCCCAUCCCUUCCCAAUGGGCAGAGGCAAUAUGUUCCUGAUGAACAACGGAGAAUGCCUUCAAACGAAUUCAAUCCAGAUAAUCAUCAUGGCGUGUGGGUGGGUGGAGGGAGAGCUUCAAAUUCCGGGCCACCCUUUGCUCAGGAAGGCUAUUUUCGUCCACAUGUUGAAAUGCCUGCAAGUAAUAUGGGUUUCCAGCAUCCUGUUCACAAUCCUCUGCCAUCAGGACCUCCAAUACCAGUUCGUCCAGGUAAUGGUGUUGCACAGAUGCCCAGUAGACCAGACAUGGCUGCUGUCAAUUGUUGGAGGCCAGGUUAAGGGUCAUCCUGCAGUCUAAUUACUUGGAAUCUUGUGAACCCGGUGAUGCCUCACUGGAAAGGAAAUUUGCACUUUGUGCUGCUUCAAAGGAAGAGCUAUGCUCCCAGAUGGCUUCUUUGAUUUCCCAGCAACCAGACUCCACUGCGGACAGCGGAAUGGUGUUGAGAUCUGGCUGAGAUUCUUUGCAAGACUGUGUAUAUUGUAACUUUUUUCCUGACAACUUCAUGCUGCAGACAGUUGCUGCGAAAUGUAAGCCCAUGUUUUUGACUCAUUGAGCAAAACCCGUUCUUCUGUAAUUAUACUGUUCAUACAAUAUAAAGAAAUUUAUUUAAAGAUAAAUGAGUUUUGGUGACUA